AGGCAAAGAGAGACCCACAAGUUAUCGCUGUGAUCACUGCAAGAAAGUCCUCACCACUUCAUCAGGUCUGAGAAGACAUAAGAUGAUUCACACUGGAGAUACACCGUUCACUUGUGAUCAGUGUGGGGCAGCUUUUACCAGAGGAGAUAAGCUAAAGAUUCACCAACGUAUUCACACUGGAGAUAAACCGUUCACUUGUGAUCAGUGUGGAGCAGCUUUUACCCAACAAAGUAAUCUAAAGAUUCACCAACGUAUUCACACUGGCGAUAAACCGUUCAGAUGUGAUCAGUGUGGAGCAGCUUUUACCAGACAAGAUCAUCUAAGGACUCACCAACGUAUUCACACUGGAGAUAAACCGUUUAGGUGUGAUCAGUGUGGAGCAGCUUUUACUGAGUCAGGAAAGCUAAAGAUUCACCAACGUAUUCACACUGGCGAUAAACCGUUCAGAUGUGAUCAGUGUGGAGCAGCUUUUACCACAUCAGGUGAUCUAAGGACUCACCAACGUGUUCACACUGGAGAAAAACCAUUCAGAUGUGAACAGUGUGGAGCAGCUUUUACCACAUCAGGUUAUCUAAAUAUUCACCAACGUAUUCACACUGGAGAUAAACCGUUCACUUGUGAUCAGUGUGGGGCAGCUUUUACCACAUCAAGUGAUUUAAGGACUCACCAACGUAUUCACACUGGAGAAAAACCAUUCAGAUGUGAACAGUGUGGAGCAGCUUUUACCACAUCAGGUUAUCUAAAUAUUCACCAACGUAUUCACACUGGAGAUAAACCGUUCAGAUGUGAUCAGUGUGGAGCAGCUUUCACCCAACAAAGUAAUCUAAGGACUCACCAACGUAUUCACACUGGCGAUAAACCGUUCAGAUGUGAUCAGUGUGGAGCAGCUUUUACCCAACAAGGUAAUCUAAGGACUCACCAACAUAUUCACACUGGAGAUAAACCUUUCAGAUGUGAACAGUGUGAGGCAGCUUUUACCACAUCACGUCAGCUAAAGAGUCACCAACGUACUCACACGAGUGAUAAACUCUAAAGAUGUGAUCAGUAUGAAGUGUGGAAUUGCAAAAAACAGCUCAGCACAAAAAGCAAAAUAAUCAGACAACAUCAUACCGAAACUUGAAAGACUAACAUAAGAUGCCCCCUGGACACCUCCUGGGAAGGUGUUCCUGGCAUGGCCCACCAGGAGAAGAUACAGGACACA